AUGGUGGAUUCCUCCUACGGGCAAGGCUCUUUACGCUAUUUUUUCUUCCACGGAAACCAUGGAGACAGUCCUGUUCCAUCCCAGAUGUCCGUCGACGCCAAAAUUCUGGUGUUUUCCGGCCAAGGUGAAAUCCUAUUCGGGGGAAACUUCGAGGAUAGCCCAUCGCGAUACGAGUUCAACAAUGGAGUCUUCUAUAGCAAGGAUGGUCAAAACGAGACCUGUCUUCCAGCAAAGCCAUUGGUUGAAAGGCUAUUAAAAAAUGUUUCGGUGCCUGCUCUUGUUGUGGCUGAAGUCCCCAGACAUCAAAUGGGGAUCGGAAUUCAAGCAACAGAUUCAUUUCUUUACGUCGCAGUUCUAGUCGUCGCAAGAGACGAUCUCCACCCUUGUUCUGCAGGUGACAAAGACUACCUAGCCGUCAUGAUGCAAGCUUUUGUCCCUCGGGUUGUAAGUUCGAUGUCUCCAACGGCCGAUGAGUACCUUCCAGGUGAUGCUCGUAACCUGUGCAUCGACGUCGCCAAUCGCAUGGAGCUCAUUAAAGACGACUUCGUUUUUAAUAAGUUUAUCGCAAUGUAUCGGGCACGCUAUAUCCAAAAGCCAUUUUCGCAAAGAGCCUUGAUUGAGCUUUGCUUGCUUCAUGUUUUGAAGAUGCCCUUCGAGCUGACUUCAGCCAUCCAGAGCUCGCUGAUUCGUUACUGA